AACUCGAGUCACACUUUAGAUCAAGAUAUCACUUCAAAAGAAUCGCUUUCAUCGCGACAGGGCUACUCAUACAGACCACACUAUUGCUGAAGUCGAGAUACUAGGAUGUCAUUCCCAAAACAAGACAUAACCCAACCAUUCAACUUUCCAAAGGAGGAGGAGAAAGUCAUCGCUUACUGGCGCAAGAUAGAUGCUUUCCAGACAAGUUUGAAGCUAUCAGAAGGCAAGCCAGAAUAUGUCUUCUUCGACGGUCCUCCUUUCGCGACUGGUCUGCCUCACUAUGGCCAUCUUCUCACGGGUACCAUCAAGGACAUAGUCACUCGACAUGCCCACGUAACAGGCCAUCAUGUCACGCGUCGAUUUGGAUGGGACACUCAUGGUCU